ACGAAAUCCUUCUUAUCGAGUUAUAUUCACGCAACCGCUUAUUUUCCGAUAAACUCAUCGGUUCUUACCGAAUGGUUUUGCAGAAGGCGGUGAAGGAUGGGAAAUUAUCAAUUUCCGACAGCCUCCUUGAUGCCAAUAAUAAACUUCUUCAAGCAACCGUUGACUUCGAAGUACACUACAUCAUCCCUGACGACUCCAUAGCUGCGUUCGACCUCCUAGAAGACGACCAACAGAUGCUCAUAGACAUCGAACAGAACAUUGCCAAUAUCGAACGUAACUUGGCCACAGGACCUCCAACAACAAUUGCCACUACAUCAGAAAAGAGAGGGAAAACGAUGUCGAGGGCCAGCACAUUAGCUACUGAAAAGGCUGCGAGUCAAGAUAGAAAAAGGGCGACGCUGAAGAACAUGAAGAGUUUCAUAAGGUUUGGAAAACAAAGACCACCAAAAGACAGCGAUAACGAGGAGGAAAACGCCAAUCUAAUCCAGGAAUCAGAUAGAGAUUCGAGGGAGUCGGAAUUCGACCCUUCGUUGUCGAGAGCAGGUAGUCAGGGCUCAAUUAGCUCAAACGAUGGUCAAAUUUCCAGCGCUUUAGCAGAAAGGAAUAAAAGAGCUUCAAGGGUGAAAGCCGAUCUGAAGUCCACAGUCCAAUCUGCACUCAAAGCGCAGGAUUUCCAGGUUUGCCUCACAAUUAUCGAAGCAAGACAACUAACUGGGCUGAAUAUGGAUCCUGUAGUUUGCAUACAAGUCGGAGACCAGAAGAAAUAUACAAGCGUCAAAGAAAGUACCAACUGUCCAUAUUACAAUGAGUAUUUUGUAUUCGACUUCCAUAUGCCUCCAAUAAUGCUGUUCGAUAAAAUCAUCCAUCUAUCGCUACGCACCAUAGCAUUAAACGAUGACUACUUGUGCUUGUGUGAUCUUGAUAUUGGAGAGGCACAUUCGACCAAGGGUGCCUAUGAUCAGGACAACUACUUCAACAGAAAGGUCCGGGUACAACCUGGUAUUUCGUAA